AUGCGUUCGCUGGUUCUGGGAAUAAUCUUAGCGGCUUCUUCUCCUUUCCUCCUGGAAAUGGUUGUCGCAGGAGAUACUUAGGAUUUUAUUUCUGGGAUAAUUAGGGUUUUCUUCUGUGUUCUUGUAGGAACCGGCAUUGCAGUCUAAGGUGACGACCAAAGUUUAUUUCGAUAUCAGCAUUGGGAAUCCGUCUGGGCAGCCCGUCGGGAGGAUAGUCAUCGGGCUGUUUGGAGAUGAUGUUCCCCAGACGGCGGAGAACUUCCGAGCCCUCUGCACAGGUCUCUGGGCUCGUUUCGAUUACAAUAACUGGUUGUUCUUUGCUGCAUCUAGUUGAUCUCGCCAUGGUUAAUUAGGGUUCUAUCAAUUCUGGUCAGAAUCACAUCGUCUGGUCUUCUCAUUCGCAUCGUGCUGUGAACAGGGGAGAAGGGAUUCGGGUUCAAAGGGUCCAGCUUUCAUCGUGUCAUCAAGGAUUUCAUGAUCCAAGGAGGAGACUUCGACAAGGGAAAUGUAGGCCUCUUUUCGUAUCAUGGAUUUGACCAGUAUUGAUCUAUACAUAUGUAUAUAUAUAUUCCAUUGUUCUUCGCUCGAUCUAUAGUCUCUGAUCAGAGUUCUGUCGUAUGUUUAUAAACUUUAUGAAACCAUGGUUUCGAUAAUUCACUUGAAAUUUUUUGCUGUAUUUUUUUUAGUUUGCAGCCCCUCAUUUCAGCAAUUUAGACUAUAAUAAAUCAAAGGAAGAUUUUUUUUUCCUUUUUCGGGCAUAAUCUUGCAAUCGGUUUGAUCUGAAAGGGAGUGGCGGGACUCCUGUAGUUGCAGGUUACAAGUAGUCCCCUUCUUUUUGGGUGGCUUGAAUAUUUUUUCCUUCUAGAUGCGGCGGAUUUAUAAUAUUUUAUGUCUAUAAUUAUUUUACUUUUGGUGAGAUCUUCCAUCCGCGAUUUUAUUUUCUGAGGUUUUUGGAAAAAAACGAACAUUUUUAUCCAGAAAACAAUGUUAGUAAGUACAUUAGUUCAUCAGUUGACUUCCCACCUUCUGGAUAAUGAAGCUAGUUCCAUGGUGGGUUUCCUGAUGUAAUGCGCUAUUGCUACCAUUCAAUUCUGUCUUCUGUUUUUUUUUCCUCUCUCGUUUUCCUUUUUUUUCUGUUGGGGAGCAUUCAAUGAUCUAUGCAGUUCUGAUCUUCAUUUCCUAAAAUGAUUAAAUUUCUUUAUUUGGAUCUCUUAGGUUCAAUCUUCGCCUCUAGAAAGGGGAUCCUUAGUAUGAUGAUAUCCUUCCAUGGACAGAUGUGUUCAUGGUUAUAGCUAUCUACCCUUCAUUUUCAUAAGAUGAUCAUGGUUAUUAUUGUAAUUAUUAUUAUUUACUGAUCAAGAUAGGUAUGAGAGAAAACCAUAGAAGAACAGUUCCAUGACAGAUUUUUUUUUCCUCCCUCUUUUUUUUUUUUUUUUUUUUUUGGAGUGGGGAGCAUCCAUUGAUCUAUGCAGUUUCUGAUCUUCAUUUCCUAAAAUCAUUAAAUUUCUUUAUUUGGAUCUCUUAGCUUCAAUCUUCACAUCUAGGAGGUGGAUCUUCAUUCUGAUGAUAUCCUUUCAUGGGCAGAUUUGUUCAUGGUUGUAGCAGUCUGCCUUCCAUUUUCAUAAGAUGAUUAUGAUUAUUAUUGUGGUUAUUAUUAUUUACUGAUCAAAGAAGAACAGAUGUACCCACUUCUUAAUCCCUCUGAUUUCCGGUCUUUCUGAUCCAGGGAACCGGAGGCAAGAGCAUCUAUGGCCGCACAUUCAAAGAUGAGAACUUCAAGUGUAAGUUCAUCGGUCUCAUCGCUCUCUCUCUCUCACACACACUACCUUUCUCUCACUAGCUCUAAACCCUCAGUGUCCCACGUGGGCCCCGGAGUUUUAAGUAUGGCGAACGCAGGACCCAACACCAACGGCAGCCAGUUCUUCAUCUGCACCGUCAAGGUCAACCCUCACCCUCCACCUCUUCACCAUCUCACCUCAUGUUGCUGCCACUGCCGCCGCCGCUGCCAAUCUCUGAACUGGGUCAACUGAUUGGGCUCGUUCUUGCAGACGCCAUGGCUGGACGGCCGCCAUGUCGUCUUCGGGCAGAUCCUCGAGGGCAUGGACGUUGUGAAGCUGAUCGAGUCGCAGGAAACCGAUCGUGGUGACCGGCCAAAGAAGAACGUAAUCAUCAGAGACAGCGGGGAGCUCCCGGUGGCUUGA